AUGGGUGCCCCGGGCCCAUUUCAUUUUGACAUCAACGAGUGCAAGUUUGUCGCUCACGAAGACCUUCUUGACGCUAAAAAGGCCGGAAACGACUUCGUGAGAAGAGGGAUUGAUUCAGAACGCACCGAUUGGACGGUUCAAGAUGACCCUCGCCCUUGUCAGGCAAAGGGCCAAGCCUGGGAUUGA